CCCGGAGUCUCUUUAUCCCCUACAUAUUCGUACUGGAUAGAAAGAAAGUACUAAGUAAGAAAGUGAGUAUGAUGGCCGGGGGGUUACAGCCAAUCUCCCAUCAUCAUCAUCAUCAUCAUCAUCAUCGUCAUUAAUCAUAAUGUUCUUUCCCCUCCUUCCGAAGAACUUUCUUCUUCCCUGCCUCAUUUUUUUUCUGUUUUAACUUUAUCCUCUCUCUCUCUAGGAUUUCUUUCUUUUUAUUUCUUUCCUUUCAUUCUUCUUCCCCUCCCCUCAAGUAAUGUCUUGUCCAUCCUUGCGGUGGUCGUUAUCUUAUCAUGGCCACUGUUGAACAACCCACCACCACCACCACCACCACCACCACAACGCUACCGCGUUCCCGCUCCGUGCGUCUUGCGGGUCAAGCUGCAACCGCCGCCCUGUAUGUGACCCAUCCGGAGCGCAGAUUAUCGGUGCGUGAGCCUUCCGCCGCUGAAACAGAACGUUUGACCUUGAAGGCGACCGGUUCCCGUCCCGGCUUCAGCCAUGCGUCAGCUGUCGCCGCCCUCGCCCACGCCAAGAAGGAAGCUGCCGCGAUUCCAGUUGUCGAGCAUCAGCGUACAUUGGAGUCGCCUAGUCAGGAAGGCUACAAGGCGGCUGCCUAUGUCUUUGGAAACCGUCGUCCAUCAUCGGCUCUCUCACCCAGUUCGUAUGAGUCCAAGCAAGACCUGCUUGCAGCUGGCCCGACGGCUGGGCGUGGUCUACCUGAUCGAGAGAAGGCCCUUCGUGCCGCCACCGGUGCGUUAAGCGGCAGCCGGAGGCGAGCCGACUCGGAGCCUUCUGAUACUCCUCACGCAGGCAUGAGCACAGAUGAGGUCCUCGGAUAUCUCGAUAGUUCUAUGGAGGCAAGCCGGAUCCAACAUAUCGCUAACACCAAUGCACGUCUUUAUACUGCGUCCCCACCGGUUUCUCCGGAGCAAGAAGAUCACAAGCGGAGAAGUGUCAUGCAAGCUGCUGCUCUGUCCAUGGCUCGCGAGAUGUAUGCCGUGGUGGAGUCUAAAGAGCAGGGUCAGGUAGGCCACGCUCGCUGGGGGUCGCAACGUUCCCCCACGGGGGCAGAGCCCAUGGUUCUUCAGCAGGCCUUCAGCUUGCAGGAUGCCGCCCAAAAGCGCGCGGCUGAAAAACUGGCCAGCAUGCAGGAUGAGACAGCCAUUUACCGGGAAUACUAUGGCCUCGAGCCCCAGCCCACCCGAUCCAGCUUGCAGCCUCGCCGACGUAGAACCUCAAUCGACACGGAUGUCUCCAGCGGGGAUGCUGAUCGAACACUGGAGAUCCGGCAUCAGAUGUCCAGUCUCCGCUCGAGACUCAAUGCCGUAGAUGAGAGAAGGGAACAGGACCGCGCGCUUUUGAUGGAAGCUGCAAGGAAAAAUGUAGACGCCACCCUCCAGAAUAUGGAGAUGAGGGUCUAUGCGGAGACUGGUCGCGCCCCACCAUCCAUGCAGAAAGAAAUCGAAGAGGCUGCACUGGCACGUGCCAUGCUUGAAAGACAAGAGAGACAAGAAGCAGACUCCCAGCACCAGGGGAUUGACCGAGUGAAUAUCAGCUCAAGGCGGUUCGUGGAUAUGUCUGACGUGGAGGCCCUGGCUCGAUCCCGGCUACAGCCCACAUUCGACGAGAUCACCGACCGCGCUGAAAAUCAACGCGCGAGAGAGCUCGAGCAGAGGCUGGACCAGGAAGAAGCCCAACGCCGAGAAGCCAUGUAUCGCGAACGCGAAGCAGAGACCAAAGCGGAAGAGAAACGGUUGAGGGACUCCGUAAGACUUGAGAACAAGUCUAAAGAAGAGAAGAGCUGGUUAUGGAAAAGGAAGUCGAAGCGCUUCUCCGACCAUGAGCAAGACACGGCGGCUGGCCCAAUCUAUGGAGUGGCUGAAGAAGCAUCAGCCGAAUCAGCACCGCACUCUAACGCCGAGGUCAGCGCAGAUGUCUCCGGUGCAGUAGCUGAGCCUGCCCGAAACGAUACCGUCGCUAAACCCGAAUCAAAAUUCAAGUCUUGGUUCAAAGGCCGCCUGAGACGUCGCUCGAGCUCUACCCAGGCCGAAGCUUCCAAGGAGUCGAAUGUAUCUAAAGUGGGCACCGAAGCGUCGCGGGUCGCGGACUCUACGGAAGAAACGGGCCCAGAGGAAGCAGGGGAGCCUCUUGGCGCAGGCGAAGCUAAAAAAUCUCAGACUCCCAGCGCAUCCGAGCCUGUGCAAACUAUCGAGGCUGGUCAGGGACGAGCCUGGGAAAUCGCUCACCCUGAUGGUACAUCUCCUGAGAUGCCAGAGCUUCCAGCCACGGCCGAAGCUCCCUCCAAAGGAGGGGCUCUGGAGGAAGAACCCCGGAGAGCGGCGCUUCAGUCCCAUCCCAUGGCCGAAGCAUCCAUCGGUGAUGGCAAUGCAUCAAGCCUUCUCGAGAACGUCUCGGCUCAGCAGGCUUCCAAUGCCAAAGACGUGCCCGCUGGCGAGACGAGCCAUAAGCGGUUGGUGUCUGGGUUCAAGAAAAUGGUCUCUAGAAGUUCAACCGAAGUGAAGACAGAUGGGGCUGCUAGCCAUGAUAUCGCCCGAAGAAGCUCGGAAGCAAUUCCCAAGCAUACAGUAGAGCGAGAAGACCGACGGGCAAGCGUGCCUGAGCAUGGCCUAGCGCUGCCCUCCUCUGCAGCAAAACGCACCAGUGAUGGCACAGGCCGCGAGUCGCGAUUUUCUGAGAGAUUGUAGAAUGAAGCUACGUGUUGGCUGAUGUUUUGUUCCUCUCUGAUACCUAUUCUUUCUUUAGUUUUGGUUUCUUUCCCAGUUUCGUUAUGUUACUCUUUCCCUGGAUCUAAGCUUCAUUCUGUGCUUCUUGAUCUUGUUACUUUAGUCUUCUCAAUCUUACCUCUUGGCAUU